ACUAGGGUUUCAUUUGAUCGGCACGCCUCUUUCUCUCUUUCUCUCAUUUUCUCUUGAUCUAGCAAAAAUGGUGACCAAAUCUUCCAAGGCAGAGCGAAAGAGUGUAUACGAUCAGAAGCUCUGCAAGCUUCUUGAAGCUUAUACCCGCGUUUUGGUUGUAUCCGCUGAUAAUGUUGGAUCUAAUCAACUCCAAGGCAUCCGUAAGGGUCUUCGAGGCGAUUCUGUUAUUCUGAUGGGGAAGAACACCAUGAUGAAGCGUACCAUCAGGGCCCAUUCUGAGAAAACCGGCAACACCACUUAUCUCAGUCUCGUCCCUCUUUUAGUCGGUAAUGUGGGUUUGAUCUUUACUAAGGGAGAUAUGAAGGAGGUUAGCGAUGAAGUUGAGAAGUACAAGGUUGGAGCUCCAGCUCGUGUUGGUCUUAUUGCGCCGGUUGAUGUGGUUGUGCCCCCUGGAAACACUGGACUAGACCCAUCCCAGACAUCUUUCUUUCAGGUGCUAAACAUCCCAACAAAGAUCAACAAGGGGACAGUGGAGAUUGUAACUCCUGUGGAGCUUAUUAUGAAGGGAGAUAAGGUUGGAUCGUCUGAGUCUGCUCUUCUAGCGAAGCUUGGGAUAAGACCAUUCUCUUACGGGCUGAUAGUCCAAUCUGUGUACGAGAAUGGGUCGGUGUUCAGUCCUGAGGUCCUGAACCUGACAGAGGAUGACAUUGCACAGAAGUUCAUUGCAGGGCUGUCAAAUGUUGUAGCUUUGGCCAUGGCCACUACUUAUCCUACCCUUGCUGCUGCACCACACAUGUUUACCAAUGCCUACAAGAACUUGCUUGCUGUUGCAGUCUCCACUGAAUACACUUUCCCACAGGCAGAGAAAGUAAAGGAAUACAUCAAAGAUCCAAGUAAGUUUGCGGCUGCAGUGGCUCCGGCUGCAGGUUCUGGGGGUUCGGCAGCUGCUUCUAAGGUGGAGGAGAAGAAGGAAGAGGCACCGGCUGAAGAGUCUGAAGAGGAAGGAGGUUUGUUUGGCUUGUUUGAUUGAUUGAGUUAAUAGUAGAGUAGUAAGUAUGAAUAACAACUGUUUUUAAAAGUCUAUUGUUAUGGUUUUCGAAUCAUUUACAACAGCAGCGGAUUGAAACGCCCCUAAUUUAGUUCCUCUAUGAUAUGUUUUAUUUUG